ACUUACAAGCUGUAUUAUCAAGAAGCGCAUGAUUCAGUCAGUGUAGCGUAGUUAGCCUGCUAAUCAUAUUAACUAUGCCACUGUGAGUGUUUGGUCUAACGUCUAUCUUUGGGUUCACUGUACAGACUUGAGUUGAUUGUUUUAAGAUUUGCUUGCUAACUAAAUAUUGUCAAGCGUGAAUUCUACGGGGCAUGGAGAAAGCCAAACAGGAGGCGUUUGAUAAAGCCAGGCUACAGGUCAUAAAGGAUGGCUAUGAGAAGGCCUUUGAGUGCAUAAACACGGGUCUGACUGAGGACGAGGUGGGCCAUAAGCAGCAGGCACUACAGCUGUACAGAGAGGGGCGGCAGCACCUCCUCAGGGCCAUCACCGUGCCUGCCCAGGGGGAGGAGUGCGUGGGCGAGGCCUGGGACUCCGCCCGCCAGAUGCAGCAGAAGAUGCAGGAGACCCUGAACAACAUCACCACCCGCCUGGCCGCGAUGGAGACGUCCGCUGAGCCCGAAACGACGACAGCCAACGCGACGCCAGGGGCGGGCGCUGCUGGGGCCGCCCACCAGUCCCUCUACCCCAAACUCCCCCCCAGUGAGAAACCAGAGAGGCCAGCUCCGCCCAACGUCCUCUUGCCCAACGGCCAGCCAGUCGGAGCCGGGGGCAGAGUGUUUCCAGGAAACCAGGCGCCUCUGCCCAUCCCCGGCGACUUUCCCCCGGCCUACUCGGCCCAAGCGGCUGAGGGCCAUGUCAGCAUCUCGUACGGCACAGACUCCGGGGAGAUGUCGCUGGUGGGGGACGAGUUCUAUGCCCAGAGGUCGGGCUCCAGCAGCUCCCUGCAGGAUUUGGGGGAGGACGGAGAGGUGCUGCUCCUCCUCCCUCAGGGGGUGCAGAUAUUCUUUGUUACGCCCGACGGGCAAGUCAGCGCCCCCUCUUACCCCGGGUACCUGCGUGUCGUCAAAUUCACCAGCGAGAGCCCGGCCAGCGCCCCCAACAGGCCACCGGCAUUCCUGCAGGUAUGCGACUGGCUGUACCCCCUGAUGUUCACAGACUCGCCAGUGUUGCUGUGCAACACCGGAGUGUUCAUGUUCCCUGACCUGAUGGCCCCCACGCAGGGGUCCUAUGUGGGGGUGGUGCUGUCCUCUGAACUGCCUGCUUCAGAUCGGGAGCUGUUUAAGGACGUCCUCUCGCAGCUCACCGAUCUCAGAGUGCAGAUUUCAGGGGUAUUUGAGUCUUUAAAAGAUGUGUUUACAAAGGCUCCAGACGGAACCGGCGACUCCAUUGAUCUGAGCCAGAAGGUUCCCCUGGUUCCCCCCCAGGAGGAGUCCCUAGUCGAGGAUGAGAAGCUCCUGCCAGAGUGGAGCGAGAAGGUGGCCCAGGGCAUCCUCUCAGGGGCUUCGUGGCUGAGCUGGGGAUUGGCGAAAGGAGCGGAGUACACUGGCAAGGCCAUCCACAUGGGGGCGUCCAAACUACGGGAGCACAUCACCCCUGAGGACACACCCACCAUCGUCAGCCCCACCGUCACCAAAGGGCUGCACGUUGCCAGGCAGGCCACUGGGGGCGCUGUCAAAGUCAGCCAGCUCCUAGUGGAAGGCGUGUGCACCGUGGCAGGACGUGUCGGCAAGCAGCUGGCGCCUCGGGUAAAGAAACACGGGGGCAAACUGAUACCAGAGUCCCUGAAAAAGGACAAGGACGGGCGCUCCAACGUAGACGGGGCCAUGGUGGUCGCAGCCAGCGGCAUGCAAGGGAUUACAGGUGCUCGGCGUGCGAUUCUACAGCAACAACGUGGCUCAGCUUGUUGUCCCUUAGCCGUGAUUCGCGACCAUGUGGAUGAGCCUGGAGGCGGCGGCCAAGAACAUCGCCAAGAGCAUGGCCACGGAGACGGUCACCACUGUGAGGCACAAGUACGGCACGGAGGCCGGCCAAGCCACAGACAGCGCCGUGAACUCCGCCAUCAACGUAGGCGUGACCGCCUUCAACAUCGACAACCUGGGCAUGAAGGCUGUGGUGAAGAAGACGGGCAAGGAGACGGCCCAGGCCAUCCUGGAGGACUACAGGAUCCAGGACCAGCCCAAGGACGAGAAGCAAGAAAAGAAGCCAGGAAGAAAGCCCAAAUAGCCCGGCGUGUUCGGACCUAGAGUUUAACUCCUCUAUACUUCUCCUUAGAGCCUUAAUACAUUUGUCUGUGUAAAGGAACUAUCUAUAUUUAAAUGCUUUAUGUUUUAGUAUUAAUACUGUGUGCACUGUCUGGCAGUCAUAUAUAUGUGUGUGUGUGUGUGUGUGUGUGUGUGUGUGUGUGUGUGUGUAAAUUGGAGUUGGUGGUGCUUCGGGGGGCAGCAGGUGAUUUCACCAUCCAAGCUCCUUUUAACUAAAUUGUUAAGAUUAUCUGUAUUGUUUUCAGUUGUUCAUCCAGUUUACGAAGGUGCGCAGAAGUGACUCAGGUACAGAGGCUUAAAAAAUGGCUGCUUCUCUAUUUAAAAAAAUGGUUCCAGAAGCUUUUCUCAGACAGGGCCUUCUCUGUAACCAAAUUCUUUUUAGCCCUUGUCAUGACCUCAGUAAACCUCUUUAUACUACAAGCUAAAAUGUUUGUGGUGUCACAUUCUAUUUGUGGUAAAUGGCAAACUGAACUAUAAUGUUAAUGACCCAUUAAAAACUAAAAUAUGAACAAAUUCUUAAACUGUGAAGAUGUAUUACUUAACAUAUUGACUAUACAAAUUAAUAAACCAUGGCAUUGGUUUAAUUAGAAA